GUAGGGGAGAUGGGGAGGGGGGUGCGCAGUACGAACAGAAAGGAGGCCGCUGGGAGAGCGGCCGACGGAUCCCGAAAACGGGAACGCAGAGGGCGGAGCUUCUCCUCUCCCCCCGUUUUUUUUUAAAUCUAGAGGCUGAAACGGGUGCUGCUCCGCCAUUGGCUGGCGGGCCGGGCCUUUGUCGUGCGCCGGCCGGGAAGUGGCUCGCGAUUGGUUGCUCCUCUCGAUGCGUGCCAAUGGGGAGGCGAGCGGGCGCCGAAGCGAGCGGUGACGCGGGCGGCGGAAAGGCCGGCGCAACCGCUUUUGCGGCGGCGUGGGUUUUGCGCGGGGGUUUCGGCGGCGGCGCGAAAUGGUCACCGCGUGUUGCGCGACCAAGUGGCGCGUCGGAGGCGUUGGCGGUGGCGGCGGCGCUUUUGCAGUUCACCUUUCAGACGCGUCACGAGGGCCAAUUUUGGGUCCGGGCGCCGAGGAGGAAAGGAACGCCGCUGCUUCACAAUAGGGAUAGCCCGAAGACAGCCGAGCCAAGUACGCGAUCAGACUAUAGCUAGCGCCUGUGGUACACUCGACUACGUAACCGACGUGAAAAAAAAAGAAAGGGGAAGGCCUCUUCAAAUUUCGCAGCGACGUUCUUAGAACUACGCGCGGAAGGCAUUUUUUUAAAAUAUAGGGAUUCCAUAGGAUCUCCGGCGUGUAACACCAUCUACUGGUUCUUGUCUUCGUUGAGACCCAUCGCGUUAUCGUUUUACGCUGCCUGAUUCGCGGAUUUCGUAAUCAACGGUUGGCAUUAUCGUCCCGAGGCAGGAUCUUUAGAACGCACUCGAGUGUACGCGGUCUUUGCGCCCGCUUUCUUCGAGCUCAACGGUGUGUUGGCAAGGAAGCAGGGCUGUUGUCUGACGCUGUCAUCCGCUGCGAUGAUCCGAGCUACAACUCUGCGCUGGGCCAGCUAGGACAAGUUCGCCAGUCGCUGCUAAGAUGUCCAGAUGCGAGGCGUAAGAACCGGCACCAAACGGCCAUGGGGGAACCACUGCCGACGAGCCAGGUGGGCUCCGACUCGGAGCUGGACGUCGAAGACGACGACGAGGAAGACUCCGGCAGCACCAGAGCCGAGCAGUCCUCAUCCGCCAAGAAGGCGGCCGGCGCCCUGGGCUUCUCCAUCGCGCGCAUCAUGGCCCCGGACAAGGCGCACAGGAACAGCGCGUCUUCCGCCGCCUGCUCGCUCUCGGCGAUGCUCCACGACUGGCACCGAAAGCUGCAGGCCUCCGGGGCGUCCUGGAUCAGGCCCUCGCUGCCAUACGGCGGCCCUCACCACAACCCUGGAGUCGAGCGCCAGGAUUCGACCCUAGCUCUGGGCAUCGCCACGACCGCGCUGAGUCAGCUGGCCAGGCUACACCAGGGCGGAGGCGGCGGUCUCGUCUACCCCUGGCUGCAGCAGGCUUCCGACGGCCUCGCCUCCUCGACGCCGGCGUCUGGGUUGCCAGACGUCGCGACCCACGCAGAGCAGACGACGGCGAGGCUGGUGCGACCUCAGCCGCGCCUAGCAACCAUGGCGUGCGAGGUCCUGAAGCACUCCAGGCUGCAGGACACGGAAAAGGCCGCCACAGGAGCAGGCGGAGGCGGUGGAGCCGGCGGAGCCGGCAACAAGCAGAAGACAUUCACGUGCACCGAGUGCGGGAAGGUGUUCAACGCGCACUACAACCUGACGCGACACAUGCCCGUGCACACGGGUGCCCGACCGUUCGUGUGCAAGGUGUGCGGCAAGGGCUUCCGGCAGGCCAGCACGCUGUGCCGCCACAAGAUCAUCCACACCCAGGAGAAGCCUCACAAGUGCGCCACGUGCGGCAAGGCGUUCAACCGCAGCUCGACGCUGAACACUCACGUGCGCAUCCACGCGGGCUUCAAGCCCUGGGUGUGCGAGUACUGCGGCAAAGGGUUCCACCAGAAGGGCAACUACAAGAACCACCGGCUCACGCACACGGGCGAGAAGGCGUACAAGUGCAGCGUGUGCAACAAGGCCUUCCACCAGGUGUACAACCUCACCUUCCACAUGCACACGCACAACGACAAGAAGCCCUACACGUGCAAGGUGUGCGGCAAGGGGUUCUGCAGGAACUUUGACCUCAAGAAGCACUCGCGAAAGCUUCACGAGAGCGUCCUCGCGUCCAGCACAACUCCGUCGCGCCGACCGUCGCCCACCGAGACCGCGGUGGUGGCGAGGUUCCAGCAGCUGCACGCUGCCCCAUUCGUGGCCGCGUCUGGGAUUCUCGUCGACCGAGCCAUGAUGCCCGCCGCGCUCCUCUGACCUGCGGCGAGGAGGCGCGGCGUACGGAACCGUUCUCAAGCAGCAGACCACCGGCGGUGUACGAUUCCGCGGGCGAUCUGACGCACGACCUGCGCCUUCAACUGGAGUGCGCGGCGUCCGAGACCUCCAGUGCGCUCCUCUUCUCACGCAUUAAUGGUCCCGGAGGCCACGACAGCUCGCCAACAAGCUCCGACAGCGUAUGUAGUGGGCGUACACAUCGUUACCAGAAUUCACGUUGCAACAUGUGUAGCAAGAGAUGCACGUUAAUGGCCGAUGCGGCGUGCAGCACGUCCACAAGAUGACCGCUCUGACCGGAGGAACGUGUUGGAAACGUGGUGGACCAUGCUGUUGUUGUCACGACUCUACGAAGUCGAAUAGCUCGCGGAAUCGCACCCCGUGUCACCUGCUUUAUGUGCCGACAUUCCCGGACCAGACUUACACAAGAGGAAUGUAGUGUUGCUGAACCACGCAUGGUCUAAAACACGACGGUUCAGUUUAAGCGAAGGACUGCGCUUCGCUGAGCGCAGUUGUUGGGUGUGUGUGGUGUACCAGGACAGAUCAAGUAUGUGCGGGACACUUGCUGCGCGUACCCUCUGCACAUAUGGGCCCCUGAUCGUGGAACUUGUUGAAUUGAGUCAUACAUGCAGUAUAAAGCUGUUUAGUUUGUAAUAAUUAAGGCGGAGAUGCAAAUGCGUGUGAAAUGUUUGCGGAAUGUGUGUUACGGAAUCUCUGAGACGCGUCCAGCCUCGCGGGAACAUUUGUCACAACAUUCUCUGGUGCUGUUAUGGCAGACCGCGCCAAUUACGACAAUUUUCGGCGUACUGAAAAAAAGAAAUAACGUGGUGGCGGCGGGCUUUACGAAGCGAUAGGGGCAUAUGUAUAGUACGGUGUGCUCGUAGGUAUUCGAAACUGAUCACGUCUCAACGAGAACAAACAAGUAAGCUUCUUCUGCUUUAGAACUGAAAAGCUUGGGCUAAUAUUCCGCACGAAGUCUACAUCAUGACCAUUUAUUUUCCCUAGAGGAAUAAUGCUUACGAUAGCGCUUGUAGGGACUAACGAACGGCCAAAAUAACGCUGCAAUGUCUGUGUGCACAUCACCAGACAGGUCACAUCGUUUCUUUUUUUUUUCUGUUUUUGUUUCCAGCUGCCAUUCAACCAGUAUCAUAGUAUCAAGACAAGCUCACACUCGCCUUCAACUACCCUUCCAAGGGGAAACGUUUCAGUAUAGAUGGUGGCUUCUGGUUAUAUUAUUUUUUAUUUUUUAUUUGUCGCAUGGUUCAGACGUGAUGAAACGAACAAUGUUGUGUUACUCUGCAAAUAGAACCAACUGAAGUGGGGUUCCCGCAUUUGUGGUCUCUGUUCCCCCAUGUGCACAAAAAAAAAAAAGAAGAAAA